UCUCGAUCGGCUUCUUCUCCGUUUGCCAUCUCUCCCCUCGCAUCCCAUUCCUUCACCAUUCCACGAUACCUUUCGAGUUCUUAGAGCUCUCCUUGUAUAUAAGUAAAUAUGGCCUGCAGCAGCUGCAUGUUCGUCGUGUUCGUAGAGCUGCUCUUCUUGUAGUUCGAUGUAAACCCUACCGGAGCCGCGGAACAUAAGGUUACCGUGCUAUAUGCUCACUAACACUGAGAGCUGAAAUAUCGAGUCCAUAGAACUCAUCCUAAAAGUGGUGACUUGCUGCAUUAUCCAAUACUUCUUCUAGAUACCAUGGGAGAAGGCCUGUCCGAGCUUUUUGAGCACCCGGAGUUCACGCGAACAGAUUUGGCCGUAGACACCUCGCCGGAGGAUCUUUUUAGCAUCUUGGAAACUUUCGAGGAUGCCAUCACGAAGGAAGUACCCCUGUUUGACCCAUUCCAAGGGAGUAACUUUAGCCCCAGGGUUGGCGAGCAGCCGAAUACCGGCUUGGUAUCUCAAGGGUGGUCUGCCGGGCCUUCGGAGACCGACGACGCUUUGGAGGAAGCCGGCCAAGCUCUGAAGAAGAGGAAGCUGUCGGAUUCCCCUGUUUCUCCUACCGAAGCAGGAAUCCACGAUGGGCAGCAGAAGACGUCGCACAUCGCCGUGGAGCGCAACCGGAGGAAGCAAAUGAAUGAGCACCUGUCGGUUCUGCGCUCCUUGAUGCCUUGCUUCUACGCAAAGAGAGGAGAUCAAGCAUCCAUCAUAGGAGGGGUCGUCGAUUACAUCAAGGAGCUGCAACAAGUCCUGCAGUCCCUGGAGGCCAAGAAGCAAAGGAAAGUUUACAGCGAAGUGCUGAGUCCAAGGCCGCUGUCCAGCCCCAGGCCUUCACCCUUGAGCCCCCGGCCUCCACCUCUAAGCCCUCGAAUGACCCUUCCCAUCAGUCCGAGGACGCCGCAGCCAGGAAGCCCUUACAUGCCAAAGAUGCAGCAGAACUACGUCUCCCCCACGCUGGCUUCGUCCCAUGAAUCCUCUUCUCCUUUCUUCAGCAGCAUCUCCGAGCUUGCAGCCAACUCCAAAUCCCCUGUCGCCGAUGUGGAGGUGAAGUUCUCGGGUCCUAAUGUCAUCCUUAAGACGGCGUCUCACCGCAUCCCUGGGCAAGUUCUGAAGAUAAUUGCAGCUCUCGAGGGCCUCGCGCUCGAGAUACUCCAUGUUAGCAUUAGCACCACCGAUGACACCAUGCUCAACUCAUUCACCAUCAAGAUCGGAAUUGAAUGCGUGCUCAGUGCCGAAGAACUCGCACAAGCGAUUCAGCAAACAUUCUCGUGAAGCUUCUCUCACUGCAUCCUCCAUAUCUAGACUCUCUUUAUCUAUCCUCUCCCAAGGCCAAAGCUUCUGCAGCAAAGAGAACGGGGAAGCCUUGUUUGAAUAUGACCAAGAUACUUAUUACUCCAUGUAAUCUCUGGGUUUCUUCAUUUCAAUCUGAACCUUAAAGUAUGACUCCAUCCAUUUUCUUA